AUGGAAGAAACCUGGAACAGCUUUGAUCUAGCAUUGCCAAUUGACGAAGACUGCGAAGUCAUGGAACUGCUCUUUCGCUCUCAUUACUCCACUGAUCAGCAAGAUCAAGUGCACAGGAGUGUUGGGAUUCAGCAAAUGCCUUCCUCUGAUCACAAUGCUAACUUCGAUGGCUACUAUUAUACCAACCCUGUGGACUUCAGCACUGAAGGGGAGGCAGUCACAAAUCCACUGCUUCCUGCUGCUGCUCUUCGACUCGAUGAAUCAGUUGCUGAUCUCAUGCAGCUCACAGAAGAUGGAGGUAUCCAAAUAAUGGAACUUCCAAACAAAAAAGCUCGGGCUCAUAUGAUCCAGAAAAGGAGUAAUGGACAGUUCAAGAAAGCUCAAGGAAGUGUCAGUGAUGAUUCAACUGUUUCUCAGGAGCUGAAGGGCGAAGGUGGUCUGAGCUCUGUAUCUAAAGGGAAGAAGAAAACACAACGAGAAGCAGCAGGUUCCCAGGGCCUUUAUGCAAGGAAAAGGAGAGAAAGGAUCAAUGAAAGGUUGAGGAUUUUACAGAACCUAGUUCCAAAUGGAACAAAAGUAGAUAUCAGCACAAUGCUGGAAGAAGCAGCUCAAUAUGUGAAGUUCUUGGAGCUCCAAGUCAAGCUAUUGAGCUCUGAUGAAUUAUGGAUGUAUGCUCCAGUUUCUUACAAAGACAUAAAUCUCGGACUCAACCUAAAGGCAUUUCUGUGA